AUGAAUUCUACAGUAAUGAGAAGAACACAGAAACUACCAUCUAAUAAUUUAUUCAAUAAUAUACAACGAAGUCAUACAAUACCAUCCGGUACUGCAUUACCAGUCAUUACUUUAUCAUCAUUUUUCAAUUUUGAAAAGAAACUUAUUCAAAUGGCUACAGAUAAAUCAAAUAUGGUGACCAAUACUCCAAUUGAACUAUCUACAGCACAAACGAAAGCACGUACGCCAGUUUCGAAUCGUUUAAAUAGUUCAAGUACAUCGAAAUCUUCUUUUAACUAUCCAACAACAGUGGCACGUCCUGCAACAGCUCAUAGUCGUAAUUUAUAUGUUACGAAUUCACCGAUGUCAUCACAUCGGCCAGUUUCAGCUCGUGCACCUACUAACAGUUUAAAUCCUUCUCCACGACAACAACAACAACAAGAACAGUCCAGUUUUUCUCGACCAACGUCGGAAUAUGGGCAUUAUUUGACUUAUGUACGUAGACAAUCAUUAGCACGUAUGCGUCGUAAACAAGAAGAAGAAGAAAAACAUUUAAAAAGUACUGAAUCAAAAAUGACAUUAAACUUAAAUCGAAAUCUAUCUCCACAACAGCUUCAGUCAACAUCAAAUGAUUCUGAUGAUUCUUUAAAAACGGAUACAUUAUCAGUACCAACUAUAUCUAUAGCAACAAAACGAACUGGAAGAUCUUCAUCAACUUAUCGUCAACUUCAACGUUCAACAACAAACUAUCAUACUAAUCAACAUCCAAAAUUUUUUCCAAAGACACCAAGAAAUUCUAGUGAUGGACAACUAUUAACAUUGGCAUCAUCAUCAUUAUUGAUUACACCAACAAAUUCCAUGAUAGAUGAUAUAAACACAUUAUCAGUAAAAACUCACUAUGAUGUACAUUUAAAUGAUGAUAAACUUAACUAUUGUUAUAUCAGUGAUGAUAGUGGAGUUGUCUAUCAAGGAGAAAUGCUUUCUACUUAA